GUGGUUACGGUGUUACCCUGGGCUCUGCUUCUCACUCACUCUCAUACAAACCUCUCCCCAUCCCUUCAACAAAAACCUCGGCCCGCCCGCCCGCCCGCCCGCCCUCGCACAGCGCCGCGUUGUUGGCGGGCAGCCGCAGGAGAGCGACGCCAGAGGGAAGGGGCAGAGCAAGAGCGAGAGAGAGAUUAGCCUGGGACAAACAGAGAGAGAGCGAGGAUUCAGAUGCCAUCUCCACCAACUCUUCCCCUUCUCUUCCUUGUGAAACUGCAGACAGCCUCAGCAUUCAUGUGGUAGAGGGACGGAAGCCGUUCCUAACAUUCUGGGGUUAUUGGAGUGGCAGGAUUUUUUCUGGAGUUGAGCAUCAAAUUCAGAAGACUGAAGCCCAGGCUUACUGUCUACCUUUCACGGAGGCCAAGCCGUGAGAGGACAGAGGAAGGAACGUGGCGAAUCAUGACAGCAGAUAAAGAGCGAGAUCGCGAUCGGGAUAAGGAGAGAGAUAGAAGAGAUAAACGGGAGAGCGAACAUUGUAGGCCACGGCGCAGUUGUACUUUGGAAGGAGGUGCCAAGAAUUAUGCUGAAAGUGACCAUACGGAAGAUGAAGAAAAUGACAAAGACAGUGCGACAAAUGAGGAUGCUGGAAAGAAAUCAAAAAUAAAGAAACCGCCUAAAAAGAAAUCGCGCUACGAGAGAGCAGAGACUGGUGAUAUAACUUCAUUUGUAACAGAGGACGAUGUUGUCUACAGGCCUGGAGAUUGUGUUUACAUAGAGAGUCGUCGUCCCAACACACCGUAUUUCAUCUGCAGCAUCCAGGAAUUUAAACUGAGCAAACGGGACCAUCUGUUAAUGAAUGUCAAGUGGUACUAUCGCCAAUCAGAAGUGCCUGACUCAGUCUACCAACAUCUAGUUCAGGAUCGACAAAAUGAGAAUGGCCGCCGCUACCGCCAGGAUGUGCUUGGUCAUCAGUGGAAUCUGUCAGCGAGUCCGGAGGACGAGGAGGCAGCGUGGGUGCGGCAACAAAGUGACGCCCAACAGGAAGAUGCAGCGGCUGGUGAGCGGGGAGGGAGCCCCACAGACACCUACGCGCGUCCUGCGCGUGGCAACAGCGUGAAGAAAGUGUUGGCCCCAGGAGCUGCAACGAGAGAUUCUGGCCGUGAGCUUGUGAUCACAGACCCAGUAAUUAGGAGUCGGGAGCUCUUCAUUUCAGAUUAUGUAGACACCUACCAUGCUGCAGCACUCAGAGGGAAAUGCAAUAUUAUACAUUUUUCUGACAUAUUUGCCGCGAAAGAAUUCAAGCCACAACUGGACCAAUUUUUUUAUAUUCUGGGCUACAACCCAGAGACGAGGCGGCUGAACAGCACGCAGGGAGAAAUCCGUGUGGGACCCAGCCAUCAGGCGAAGCUUCCAGAAUUGAAGCCUCUUCCCCUGUCCAGUGGUGAGAUGGUCACAGAACACGAGGAGCUGGUUUGGACACCUGGUGUCAACGAUUGCGAGCUUCUGAUGUACUUGAGAGCGGCCAGGAGUAUGGCUGCCUUUGCGGGCAUGUGUGAUGGUGGAUCAACAGAAGAUGGCUGCCUUGCAGCAUCUCGAGAUGACACUACAGUUAAUGCAUUAAAUACUUUACACGAGAGCAGUUACGACGCAGGGAAGGCCUUGCAGCGACUGGUUAAGAAGCCCGUGCCCAAACUGAUUGAAAAAUGCUGGUCUGAGGAUGAAAUGAAACGCUUCAUCAAAGGGCUGAGGCAGUACGGCAAGAACUUCUUCAGGAUUCGCAAAGAGUUGCUUCCAAAUAAGGAGACGGGCGAACUGGUAACAUUUUACUACUACUGGAAGAAAACCCCAGAGGCAGCCAGCUCCCGAGCUCACCGUCGACAUCGCAGGCAGGCUGUAUUCCGGAGAAUUAAAACACGCACUGCAACAACUCCAGUGAACCCAUCGCGACCACCAUCUGGUGAAUUCUUGGAUCUCAGCUCAGCCAGUGAGGAUGACUUUGACAGUGAGGACAGUGAACAGGAAUUGAAAGGCUACGCCUGCCGUCAUUGUUUCACCACCACAUCCAAAGACUGGCAUCACGGUGGAAGGGACAACAUAUUAUUGUGCACAGAGUGUCGGAUUCAUUUCAAGAAAUACGCGGAGCUGCCACCCAUCGAGAAACCAGUGGAUCCCCCGCCAUUUAUGUUUAAACCAGUUAAAGAAGAGGAAGAUGGGCUCAGUGGGAAACAUAGCAUGAGGACCAGAAGGAGUCGGGGCUCGAUGUCUUCACUGCGCAGUGGUCGUAAAAAGCAGACGGCCAGCCCCGACGGUAGAACCUCACCUAUCAAUGAAGACAUCAGGUCCAGCGGCCGUAACUCUCCCAGUGCUGCUAGCACAUCCAGUAAUGAUAGCAAAGCUGACUCUAUGAAAAAAUCCAGCAAGAGGUCUAAGGAUGAUCUGUCAUCACCGUCAAAGAGCACCAAACGCCAAAGAGAAAAAGUUGCUUCUGAUACAGAAGAACCGGAAAGAUUAAAUUCGAAGAAAUCUAAAACGCAGGAGAUCAGCCGGCCAAACUCACCAUCGGAAGGGGAGAGUUCUGACAGCCGCAGUGUAAAUGAUGAAGGAAGCAGCGAUCCAAAGGAUAUUGAUCAGGACAAUCGCAGCACGUCACCUAGUAUACCAAGCCCAAGGGACAAUGAGAGUGAUUCUGAUUCCUCGGCUCAGCAGCAAGUGCUGCAGUCUCAGCCUCAAGUCCAUCAGAGUCCAUGUGCCUCCAUGCCUCUAACUUCACUGGAACCGCCACAAAUGCCCCCACCGGCAUCUUCCUGCGCCGUAUCCAUUCCUCAAACGUUGUCCCCGGUUCCACUGCCUCGGAGUCAGACACCGCCUCAUUCUCUGAUUCAGCCUGCGCCGCAGCUCCAUCCCCAGAGACUCACGUCGCCUCACCCGCCGAUCCAGCAGCAGCUGCAGCCUCAGUCACAGCCCCUGCCGCAGUCGCAGGUCCCGCUCCAUUCGCUGGUGCAGCCGCUGCCUCACCCGCUGCAGGCCCCCGCUCACAUCCAGCACCAGCUGCAAGGGCCAUCGUUCUCCAUCAACCCCCCGCCUCAGAUCGCACAGGCCUCGUCCGCCCAGGUACCGGCCACGGGGCAGCCGCACACUCCGACGCAGGUCCCGGUGCUGCCUCUGCCCGCCCAGCUGCAGCCUCCGAGGGAGCAGCCUUUGCUGCCUGCCCCUGUCACGAUGCCUCAUAUUAAACCGCCGCCCACAACUCCAAUUACACCCAUUUCCAACCAGCAGUCCCAUAAACCACCGACCCAUCUCGCAGGCCAUCCUCCGUUCCCACAGAUGCCUUCAAAUCUUCCGCCUCCGCCGGCUUUAAAGCCGCUGAGUUCCCUGACUACCCACCAUACCCCCUCCGUUCACCCACCACCAUUGCAGUUAAUGCCCCAAACGCAGCAGAUCCAGCCUCCCCCUGCACAACCCCCUGUGUUAACCCAGGCCCAGAAUCUCCCGACAAGCACAACGCAUCCCCAAGCCGUGCCCCACCAAGUUCCUCCCCAGCCUCCCUAUGCCCAGCAUUCCUUCAUCCCGUCUGGUGCUCCCAACAUUGCGCCUUCGUCGGCAACCUCCGCCUCCAGCGUGGCGCCAAUUUCUGCCAUUCAGCCUACAGCAUCCAUCGUGACAUCCAUGUGUUCCACCGGCAACGUUUCAAACACCCCUCCUGCCACCAUGACCAACAUUCAGAUUAAAGAGGAAAUCCAGGACGAGCAAGAGGACCCAGAUAGUCCUCCACCAUCUCCAAACAGAAGUCCAUCUCCAGAGCCAACAGUGGUUAGCACUCCGAGCCACGCCAGUCAGUCAGCCAGGUUCAUUAAGUAUUUGGAUCGUGGCUACAACUCCUGUGCAAGAACAGACUUGUACUUUGUACCAUUGCAAGGCUCAAAGCUGGCCAAGAAGCGGGAAGAAGUGAUAGAGAAGGCCAGGCGAGAAGCGGAGCAGAAGGCCAAAGAAGAGAAGGAGAAGGAAAAAGAGAAAGAGAAAGAGAGGGAAAGAGAGCGGGAACGUGAGAGGGAAGCGGAGAGAGCAGCGAAAGCAUCCAGCUCUUCCCAUGAGAGUCGCAUGGCGGAAUCUCAGCUUGUUGGACCAACGCAUUUAAGACCUUCGUUUGAGCCUCCACCAACGACCAUUGCAGCUGUUCCUCCUUACAUUGGACCUGAUACCCCAGCACUAAGGACACUCAGUGAAUAUGCGAGGCCACAUGUUAUGUCCCCAACCAACCGUAACCACCCAUUCUUUGUUCCAUUAAAUGCAUCUGAUCCCAUCCUGGCUUACCAUAUGCCUAGCCUCUACAGCGCUGACCAUGGGAUGAGAGAACGAGAACUGCGUGAACGAGAGAUUCGGGAGAGAGAGAUUCGCGAAAGGGAGUUCCGUGAGAGGAUGAAGCCGGGUUUUGAGGUUAAACCUCCUGAACUGGAAGGCCUUCAUCCAGCUGCUAAUCCCAUGGAUCCAUUUGCUAGGCACGGUGCCUUAACAAUCCAACCCGCAGCGGGGGUUCAUCCCUUCCCUCCUUUCCACCACGGGUUGAAUCCAUUGGAAAGAGAAAGACUCGCUCUUGCGGGCCCUCAGCUGCGGCCCGAGAUGUCCUACGCUGACAGACUGGCAGCAGAGAGAAUACACGCUGAGCGCAUGGCAUCACUUGCAAAUGACCCACUUACAAGACUACAGAUGUUCAAUGUGACGCCACAUCACCAUCAACAUUCACACAUACAUUCACACUUACACCUACAUCAGCAAGACCCGUUACAUCAAGGUUCAGGAGGUGUGCAUCCAUUAGUGGAUCCACUGGCUGCUGGUCCCCAUUUGGCCCGUUUUCCUUACCCGCCUGGUGCAAUCCCGAACCCACUGUUGACCCAAGCUCCUCACGAACAUGAAAUGCUCAGGCAUCAUCCUGUCUUUGGUGGACCUUACAGAGACAUGCCCGGUGCUAUUCCAGCCCCAAUGUCAGCAGCGCACCAACUCCAGGCGAUGCAUGCCCAGUCGGCAGAACUGCAGAGACUAGCCAUGGAGCAACAGUGGCUUCAUGGCCACCAUCACAUGCACGGAGGCCCCCUUCCUGGACAAGAAGACUAUUACAGACUCUGGGUUCCUAUCAAUAUUAGGCAAGGUGGAAACCCUAGCUGUGUGAACUCAUUAGAUUGCAACAAAACUUUCGACUGAAAAAAGAAAGUGACAAGCCUCUUUAAGCCCUGAAUCUUGUGGAGGCUCGCUCAUGAGGCCAAGGAUUACUCAACCAGUACUGUGGAAGGACCUCUGACAUCCUGCAAGAACAAAACAAAAUGGAGAUUAUAUCAAAAAGCAUUUCCCACCCCCACCUCCCCCCAAAAAAGGAUUGUAUGAUUUUAUUUUAUGAUAUUCCUUUCUGGAGGGCAAAUCACUCGAUGCUGGCGGUGGAUCUUUGCACGACGUUGUGUUCUAUUAUGUGAUAGUGGGAAAUGAGCAGUGUUUCCAGCUGUUCUUGCAUUGGUACCAGAGCAGGUUUCAAUCGGUCACUGAACAAUGCAUCCUUACAAAAGAAAAAAAACGAUUAAACCAAGUUCUAGUAGAAGUACUAUAACACAUUUCAUGAUUCCUUAAAUAAUAUGUAGGAUAUCUUUAAAGAGAAAAAAAUCUGUGGCAUGGCUUCUGAAUUUGUAAAUAAAGAAAAUGAACCGUGUACGUAAAGGAUUAGUUGUGGAUUUCUAAUUGGAUGGCAGACAGCAAAGCUAAGUGUUUUAAACGGCUCCGCUUCCUUUGAUUAAAGGAGAAGGUAGCUGUAUGGUAACGUUUGCUCUGGAAUGGAAUGUUUUUUGGUUUUUUGUUUCAACUGUUUCUGGAGGCAGUGGCAUGCACCGAAAGGUUGCUGGGAUCGUGGUCCAGACAAACAUUGACAUAGAUUUCAAAUAUAAUAACGAAAGGCUGUAUAACUAGUAUAUUGCCAUCGCCGAGUUUGGACAUCCCAUACCGUGCCGGUCAACAGUGCAGACUAUUACUAGACUGAUCGCUUUCCAACAGCAUGAAAUAUUGUAAGCUUUCCAUUCUAAUCAUUAAAAAAAACAUUUUCAGUAUCUGAAAUAUUUAAGAGAUGGUUGAAUCUUUUAACUCCAUUUUAUAGUUAUAAUUCAAUGAUUUAAUAUUUUAAAAAAAUAAACUAAUUAUAAGGAACAAAUAAGCUACUUUUAUAUUUGAUGCAUUUAAUUUCCAACAUCUUUGUUCUUGUUAAAUAUUAGUAAUUGCAUAUACCUGUGACAUCAUUACCGUGUUUUCAGUUUUGCUUGCCAACUUAUUUUGUUAUAUGAGGGCGAUAUCUUGUCAUUUGGGUAUCCGAAUCAUGGCUACUGAAGUGUCUCAAAAUGGAUUGUAAAGUUUGGGGAAACUGAUAAAGGACCAAAAAUAUAAGCUAAAGGAUUAUUAUUAGCCCUUCUUUUAACGGUGGGUCACUGAGGGGCAUUUGUGAAACUCAGUUCCCCUCAGCUGUGGUUGUAAAUUGCAAGCGUUUGUGCAUUUCUCUCGUAAUGGCAAAGAGGGAUCAAUCUUCUGCAUUAAACAAGGAGUUGGAAUACAGGCAUGAGCUUGUGAUUACUGAAGCCUGAUGGAAAGUAUCCUUUUAUUUCUGGGAUAAAUGUUCUAAAGUUAAAAGAUAAUAGCCAGUCAAAGGCAUUCAGUUUUGAGGUUCAUUUUAUUAUAAAUAUUGUAGUAGCUGUUUUGAUUUUGGGGCUGUUAAUUACCUUGUGGAAAUUUAUACCCAUUUUUGCUUAAAAGUAGCAGAAAAUUGUCAUAGUUAACCAAUGUGCACCAGUGUCUGGUGUCAGUGGUUUAGGUAUCUGAGAUGCCAGCAGUUAUUUCGAUAAAGUAACAUUAAUUUUAGAGCAGGGUGCUGCUAUUUUGCUUUUGUCAAUCACGUCUCUGUAUCUUUUUUUUUUUUUUUAAACUGAAAAUAUCAUUCUUAAAAGUUCUUGGCAAUUUUGUGCUUUCCAUUUUAUUGAUGAAGCUAUUACAUAGUGUCAGAAGCUGAACGCAGAGUCUGGCUUUGACUGUCUGCACUGGGUGACUGGUUUCCUGAUGGUGCGUAUCUGUCUUUCCCCUUGAUUUUAUCAAGGACUGUAUAUUUGCCAUUGUAGACUGUUAUGUGGUGUUCACUGUCAUAGGACUGUGUUUAAAAGGAAGAACUACAUGAUGUACUGACAGCCCCGAUAGUGACACAAAGUUUCAGGUUUUUUUAUUUUUGCUUUUGUGUUUUCAAAAGUAUAAUGUUUAAUGUUGUCAAUGGUCCAGCUUCUUAUUUCACUGCAGCAUUAGCAGAAUGUAAAUUCUGAUGCUAAAUUUAUAUAUAUCUUGAAGCUUAAUGUAUAUAAUAGUAGUUUGCCAUGGGAUAACACAAUGUAAACAAACUGUAGAAGCAACGAUUGUGAGUUCUGUGUUUUCUCCAUUUGAGUAUUUUGUAAUUUUUGAAAUAUUUGUGACUUAAAUAAACCAACAGAGCUGCAA